AACAAAUUCAUACGUUGAACUACACACAGUGAUUAUAAUAUGUCAAUGUGUGAUGUAUAAAUAUAAUGGUAAACACGCUGUGGCGAUAUUAGAUAUACCCUUGUUCCACACUACACCUGCUUUGAACGGCAUUUAGCAGCCUUAGAAACGUGGUCAUCGGUAAUAAUAUUACUUUGGUCCAUCGCAACAGCCAGAUGUAAACUUCCUUACGCUGUCCUAUAAACUAAAAUGAAGUGUCUAAUAGGUAGUAACACCGGCUUGAUAAAGGUCGUGGAGACCUCAACACGAUCUUUCGAGAAUACCACUUCGUUAUCUGAGCUAUCCUUGGAACGUCGUAUUACUUCUAUGUGUUGGACACGUUAUGAAGAUGAUAACGAAGUGGAGUUCGCCGUUGGUAUGGAGAAUGGAACUGUAGAGAUAUACAGUUACCCAUCGUUGGUUAAAAUCACGGAAUUUAGUCUACCCUCAAAAGUCGUGCACUUGCAUUUACUAGAUGGGCAUCUUAAUGACCUGGGCAAGAAGAUGUACGCCAAUAAUGCACAGAUACAUCCUGAAUUGUACCCCGAACUUGACGGGUCCUCAUGGAACACUCCAGGGAGAUACCUGUGUUGUAUAUCUACCUGUGGACAAUGUGUUGUGGUAGACCUUGAUAAGGUGGUGAAACCGGAUACGCAGGAAUCUGUGGAGCCUAAGGAUAACGAUGAUUCAGUACAGGCCAACGAUGGAUGCAUACCUAAGGCAGAACUGACAAUAGAUGCUGCAGUGGUUACCUAUGAAUUAAGAAAGCCCAUCACAGCUGUGUGCUACCAUACUCUCCUAAGGAAUCGGAUAUUCAUCGGUGGUCCUGAUAAAGCACCGCUAUUGUUUGAUUUAUACAGUGGUAAGGUACUAUGGACUGGCAAGAAUCCACAUCCAUCGCUAUUGGACCUUAAAACCCACUUGGAUGUACAGAGCAUGUGUAUAUUGGAAGUGUUAGGCCCCAAUGUCGUUGCAGUGUCAACGUCUAACUCCUAUGUCUAUUUAUAUGACAUCAGAUCGCAGUGUAAGCCAGUAUGUGAAAUUAACGUAUGUGAAGAGAGAAGCCAGGGUCUUUCGGCUAGAAUAAUGGCGUCAUGUAACAUGAAGGAGUAUAAUACUGACAGAAGACGCGAGAUACAGCAAUCAGUGCCAAAGAAUUUUACAGCCAGCGAUCGCAAUAUAAUCAAGGUUACAAAUUUACCACGUCCAUAUCAAGUUGAGGAAGAUAUUAAACCAAAGGAUAUCGCAUAUUUCAUCGCAGGUGAUAAUUGUGGGCGUAUUUAUAAAAUACGUGUGACCACUGGAGAAACUUUGCUUGAGACAGUUAAGCAAAUGUUAUCACGCUACCCGAGUAUACCGAAGAAUCUGAGCAAGGAGGGAAUAAAUGACUAUAUAAUAAACGCUCGGAAGGUAUUUGGUUCCGCUAGUGCCAAUGAUACGCCGCUACAUUGUGCUCCACGUGAACAUAACCAGUACUUCUGUGAGAUGGAACGGAAUUAUCUUAGUCACACAGGAGCAGCAACUGAUAUUGUAUGCACUGGAAAUUAUGUAGUAUCCGUUGGAUUGAGUCGGUAUUUAGUCAUUGGGAAAUAUAAAUCUUUUAAAGAUUGCUUCCGAAUGUAUUGUAACCAAAAGUUGACAUGUAUCCUGGUACCAACGAGUGAGUUGUACCGAGAUUACAGUGAGGAUGAGCUACCAAUGCUUGAUAUACCGCCAAUUAAGCGGCAAAAAAUAGCAACUGGUCUGAAGCGUGACAUAAAGGAGGACUCCGACCAAGAUGAGAUUACUGAGGAUACAUCGCACAUUGACGAUGAUGACGUCUCAGACAAUGAGUUGGAUAGUGGCACCUCAAGUGAUUCCAAUCCAGGUGACACCGAUGAUUUAGAGGAUGAAUCCAAGGACGACGGAUCAAGUGAUGAAGAUGCCUACAGCGAUACGGAAUCAAUUGAUGAUUCACCAGAUACUGAUUAACAGAUGAAAUGGCUUGGCAUUCAGUAAUAUCGGGGGAUAUACUGGCUACUAAAGAACCUAACACCGCAUGGUGGUAUUAUGGUUAACAAAGGCAUCCAUAAGUAU